GUGGAACAUUACAGGGAAAGAUCAUGGAUGAUUCUUGCCUUCAAAGCUCUGAAAUUUUCAAAGUUUUCUUUGACAAGUCUCCCUGGGUGUCUGCUUCACGCGGUCAAUUGCAGAGAUCUUCUCUUUGAUCUGUGUAUCUCGGAGUGGAGGGACCAAGGGAAGAUUUUAACUUGAUCCAGAACGCCUCAUCUGAAUACAAUAUUAGCAAGUCAAGCACGACUUGACUUGUGGAAAAGGUGGCACGUCUGAUCGGAUCUGCUCAUGUAUCACGCUCGCAAAGUGCACCGUGAGUGGUUAAACGAGGAAAGAUUUGAUCUUGAAUUCGAAGCACCAGGAUAAGACUCUGUACAGCGAUCGGCUCUGUUUCCCGCAUCAACAGUCUUGGGUGGACAAUCGUGAAUGCGAGAGGAGGCCCUUUUGAACUGUAGCUUUAGCUCUGGUCCAAAGGCCAUUGGACGCACCUGAAGAGUUGCCCUCAUGCAUAAAAUACAAUCGAGAAGGUCGGUAGAAUAUGAUGAUUGCCUCGGCACGCAAAAGUCGUAAAUAGAAUAGUGGAACAGAGCACCUUCUUUGCUUGUUCUCGAAUUCAAAAAUCAACACCCCCCCAAAGAAGAUCCUGCGGAUUCUGGAUGAAAUCUGUCGGAUCUUGCUUUCCAAACUGUCAAAGAUUUAUCCUCCCCCACCAGGGGAUUCUUAUACCUCUCUCCCACUCCGAAAUGGGUUCCCAUUUGAAAAUUGACCCACCACCCUGUUCUCUUCCUUCAUCCUUUUUCUCCUCCUCCUUGUCAUUCCUCGCUGCUGUUGCUCCUGAUCGAACGCCAGUCGAAAUGGGUGUCACCGCGGAGUCGCAGUUUCACGUCUUGGCUGUUGAUGACAGUCUUAUUGACAGAAAGCUGAUUGAGAGGCUCCUCAAAACCUCUUCUUAUCAAGUGACCGCAGUUGAUUCUGGCAGUAAGGCUCUGGAGUUUCUAGGCCUGAAUGCGGAGCAGGCCAGAAAUUCACACACCACCUCUGUCUCUCCAAACUAUCAUAAUCAGGAGAUACAAGUGAAUUUGAUCAUCACAGACUAUUUCAUGCCAGAAAUGACAGGCUAUGAUCUCUUGAGAAAGAUCAAGGAAUCGAAAAGUUACAAAGACGUACCAGUUGUGAUUAUGUCGUCUGAGAAUGUUCCCUCAAGAAUCAGCCAAUGCUUGGAAGAUGGGGCUGAAGAGUUCUUUCUCAAACCAGUUCAACUAUCAGAUGUCAACAAGCUUCGACCCCAUUUGUUGAGAGGGAGAUCUAAAGAACAGCAUCCCAACAGCGAAAAGAGGAAGGACAGGGAAGAGAUCUUAUCACCUGAGAGGACAAGAACAAGAUAUGAUGUCCCUGAAGUGUUUUAGCUGAGAACUAGAUACAGCUAAUGCGGGGUUCUUGUGGUGAACACUCGCAGAGAAAAGAACUUCAGGGUAGCUCGUUGAGAUGUGGUCUAUGUAGAUACUCUUUGUCUUGUCUCUCUCAACUAUAGAUCAUACAAACUUAAUGGAGACAAAGAAUUCUGGUUAGAGAGGAUUCU